AUGGGCAUCAUCGAGAAGAUCAAGGAGCUCGAGGACGAGGUGGCAAGGACCCAGAAGAACAAGGCCACAGAAUACCACCUUGGACAGCUCCGUGCCAAGAUCGCCAAGCUACGCCAUGAGCUGCUCGAACCGCCAAAAAAGUCGGGCAAGCCCGGCGAGGGCUUCGAUGUGAUGAAGUCCGGAGAUGCCCGCGUCGCCCUCAUCGGCUUCCCGUCAGUCGGAAAGAGUAGCUUCCUCUCCCAGGUGACCGACACCAAGUCAGAGGCGGCCGCCUACGAGUUCACAACCCUCACAUGUCAGCCGGGUGUCCUUGAAUACGAAGGAACCAAGAUCCAGAUCCUCGAUUUGCCCGGUAUCAUCGAAGGCGCCUCCGAGGGAAAAGGCCGCGGUCGACAGGUCGUCUCGGUGGCCAAGACGGCAGACAUGAUCCUUAUGAUGCUUGACGCAACGAAACCAGACAAGCAGAGGGCGCUGCUCGAGUACGAGCUGGAAGCGGUCGGAAUUAGGCUCAACAAGGUCAAGCCGGAUGUCGUGCUCAAGCGCAAGAACGCCGGAGGCAUCGUCAUCACAAAGGCCAUGGGCCUGACGCUGACCAAGAUCGACGAGAAGAUGAUCCGCUCGAUCCUGCAAGGCUACAAGAUGCACAACACGGACGUGAUGAUCCGCGAAGACAUUACGGUCGACGAGUUCAUCGACGUUGUGCUAGGCAACCGGAAGUACACGCCUUGCCUGUACGUCUACAACAAGAUCGACAGCAUCAGCAUGGAGCAGCUCGACAAGCUGGCGCGCCAGCCCAACAGCGUCGUUAUCAGCGUCACGUCCGACCUCAACAUCGACUACCUCAAGGACAGGAUGUGGGAGCUGCUCGGCAUCAACCGAAUCUACACAAAGAAGCGCGGCGAGCGUCCCGACCUGUCAGACCCAUUGGUCGUCAGGAAGGGAGCGACGAUCGAGCACGUGUGCCACCAAGUCCAUCGAGCGCUGGUCGACAAGUUCAAGUACGCGCUCGUCUAUGGAAAGAGCAGCAAGUUCCCUGGGAGUCAAAAGGUGGGGCUCAACCAUGUUGUGGCGGCCGACGACGUCGUCUCCAUCUUUACGAAGUGA